AUGAAAACACUUAUCGUAUUUCUCAUGUUGCACCGUACUGUACUUAUGAUCACUGCUCAGCAAUUGAAGUUGCCUUUACAUACGAUUAGGAUUCCUGCAGGCAGCAUGUGGGGAGUAUGCUCCAAAUCUCCAAUGGUUGCGAGCUACGCUAUAAAGUUAGCCGAUCCAAACGCCAUAUUAGAUCCAACAAAUUAUGAUGGUAUAAUUGAACCAUUAGAAUCAAAAUUAAAUGUUAAAGGAAUAGGUUUUAUUGCGGCUGUUGGUAAUUUGAUGGAUGAAUUUGUUGAAGAAUCACUUUGCACCGCUGCAACAGAACCUUAUGAAGUAUCAGCUUGCGCGAAAGAAUUCAAAUUUCCUACUGGAAUUUCUGGAACAUGGUGUUUGAUCAUUGUUAACCGAUUUCUCAAUUACCAAAACAUCGAUGUUGUUUAUUCGUUUACUCAAAGUGUGUUUAUGGAAGGUUCAUAUAGAAUAGGUGAUAACGUAGAAUUCGCCUUAAAGAAAAAUGAUCUAUUUGCCUUCUCGUUAGAUGAAAUUAACAAUAUCAAAAAAAGAAAUUUUAGACGUAGUAAACCACUUCGUCUUGAAAGCUCCUUUUAG